AGUCGGUGAGCGAGCGUGGCGCAAGAAGGAUGUGUGUCGAGUGUGUUGGGUGAUCACCGCGUCAUGCUAGCACGAUGUCUUCGAGCUGCUGCUCUUCGGGGGCCGAGGGGGGCGAGAGGCGCAAAUGGAGACGACUGCACGGCCUGCAGCCACCGCUGCAUCCACAACAGGUUGUCGGUUGGGUCGCGUUGUUUGUGUUUGGAGUGGCGUCGUUCUGUGUGCUCGUACCCUCGUGUGCUUCCGUCUUGCGUGCUCCGUUAUCGGCGAUCCUGGCCGCACUGUUCGUUCUCCACGUGGUCGCCCACCUGGCCGCGUUGCUCCUGGACCCGGCCGACCCUGAGCUGCGUCGCUUGGGUCCAGCAUCCUCAGCCGUGCCUGAGUUUGACCGCUCCCGGCACGCACACGUCAUCGAGAACGGCCGCUGUCACCUGUGCAACAUCGAGACCUCCUCCCCGCGCACCAAGCACUGCAGCGUCUGCAACAAAUGCGUGGGCCGCUUCGACCAUCACUGCAAGUGGCUCAACCACUGUGUCGGCGGACGCAACUACGCCGCGUUCCUGGUCUGUGUCGUGUCGGCCGUUUGUGCCUGCACCGUCAUCCUGGGCAUCUGUGUCUCCGAACUAGUCCUCCUCCACAUCGACACCACCCGACUCGACCCCGACUGGCUUCCCCAACGUCCCACCACCCUUCCUCCUCAGAUCUUCCUGAUCGUGGUCUCCCUGGUGGGCGCCCUUGCAGGGGUAGCCGCCGCUCUCCUCCUCCACCUCUGCCUCUUCCACAUCUACAUCUCCGUCCUGGGCAUCACCACCUACGAGUACAUCCGCAACUACCGACAGAUGUCCACACAAAACCAACGCCAACAACAGCAACAACGUAACCAUAUCGGCAAGAAAACAACUCACAACAAAGACACCAGGUGUUGUGGUUGGGGAGGUCGUGCUACGAAAAAUCAGCGUGAUAAGCCCGAUCUUGAGAAAGGCAUUAGUAAUGGUAGAAGGUGUUCAGUAGAAACUGUAGAGGGUGCGUUGAAUCGCCAAGAUUGUCUUCCGAACAACACGAACGGUGUGAACAAGUCUUCCAGUGAGACGACAGUGAGUAGUAGUGUAAAAGUGAUGAGUGACAGGACGCGAAUCAAGCCCGUUGUGUCGAGGCGAGCUUGUAACGGGUGUAAAUAUUGUAAAGCGGGGGGUGCUGGUAGUUCCUCGACGGGACGGGGGUGGUUUGGAUGGGGUGUGUGUGGGAGUGGGGAAACAUCACAACAACGGGUAGUGUCCGGGAAAGGGGGUUCGGUUGUGCCAUCGCAAUCUGUGCCAAGACGAAACCAGGUGCGACCGACCACAUCGGAAUCUCCCCCUAGGAGGAGUGCUUCUUUGCCUGCCCUCCCUCCCCCAACCCGUCGUCAGAUGCAGGCCGUGUCCUUGAAGGAGUUGGGCGAUGUUUUGGAGUAUGUACAGCGACAACAGCCGCGACGAGCCGCUCCCAUCGCGUUGAAUCGCCGCUACGUGCGUCGCAAGUCGAUUGCCACCCUCAGACAUACGAUGUCCCCCACCUUGUCGCCGAUCCAUGAGUCGGGGCUCUCUAAUCCGGGGACGCCCCGGGCACCGCGACAGGGUGUGUGGCUGUCGAAGCCCCCCUCUCAGUAGCACUACAUGCAGCCGCCCACCCCUCAGCUCCACCCCUUUCCCUCCUCACACGACAAUACUCUCACAACAUGUGUUCACUACAAGACUUCACCGCAAAUAAGUUCAGUACCGAUGGAAGAAAAGGAAGACCUGUGGGUGAGACUGGGCCGACCAAGGUUCGUAGUGGCUCCCAUGGUGGACGCCAGCGAGCUGGCUUGGCGCAUGCUCAGUCGGCGUCAUGGCGCCCACCUCUGCUAUACGCCCAUGUUCCACGCCGUCAACUUUGUCAAGGACCCCAAGUAUCGUGCCGAGUCGCUCAUCACCAUCGCCCAGGACAGGCCACUCAUUGUUCAGUUUUGUGGAAAUGAUGCAGAAGCCCUGUUGGAAGCGGGACUGUUAGCUCAAUCUCACUGUGACGCCAUUGAUAUCAACCUUGGCUGCCCUCAAGCCAUAGCAAAACGAGGCAGAUAUGGUGCCUUCCUGCAAGAUGAUUGGCACCUACUAGCACAAAUAGUGAGUACACUCAACAAGGGGUUGAGUGUUCCAGUCACAUGCAAAGUGCGUGUAUUCGAGAACAUCGAGAAGACAGUCGCUUAUGCUAAAAUGCUUGAGGAGGCUGGAUGUCAGAUGCUGACUGUUCAUGGCAGAACGAGAGAGCAGAAAGGUCCUCUCACUGGAAUCGCCAGCUGGGAGCAUAUCAAGGCUGUCAGAGAAAGUGUUGGGAUCCCGGUGCUGGCGAACGGCAACAUCCAGUGCUUGACGGACGUGGAGCGGUGCCUGCGGGAGACGGGGUGCCGGGGGGUGAUGUCGGCCGAGGGGAGCCUCUAUAACCCAGCCGUCUUCGAGGGUCGCAACCCCCCCUGCUGGGAGAUGGCCACCGAGUAUCUCGACCUUGUCGACCAAUACCCGUGUCCAAGGUCGUUUAUUCGCGGCCAUAUGUUCAAGAUUUUCCACCACUGCCUAUCCUUGGAAGAGAACAGUGACGUAAGAGAACUUCUUGGGAAAGCUGCAUGUAUGGAUGAAUUUAGAAACGUUGUAGACAUUUUCAAGAAUCGGUACCUCAAAAUCCAUGAAGGCGAGCUUCCUUGGAAUGUUACAUAUACAGAUUAUAAUCUCGAUCUUCCACCCUGGUUAUGUAAAUCUUAUGUAAGGAUACCACCUGAAGAACACAUCAAGAAACUUGUAGAGAAAGUUAAUCGUAACGCUGAUGUUAUGUUUGAUCAUAAAGAGAAUCAGGAUGUAUUAAUAGGAAAGCGACCAAGUGAUAGUACAGAGAAUGGAUUAUCUAAGAAGAAAUUGAAGAAACUGCAAAGACGUGAGAGAAGUAGUACAAAUAAUGUUCGACGUGAGAUUGUUAUGUGCCAAAACGAUUGCAAAAAUCCCAUGGGUCAGAAGUGCAGUUUCUCCCUAUGCAAAACAUGCUGCCGAAUUAAGUGUUACGUAGACCACGAAGAUUGUGCUGGACAUGGAAUUCACAAAACUAGGAGAGAAAAAGCUAGAAAAUAUCAGAUGGAUGUAACUGAUGAUGACAGGAUAACACCUACAAAUUUCAUUGAAAAACCCACAGUACAAACGCAACAGAUGGACGAAUCUUGGUGAGAUCUUAGCCCAAUCACAAUCAUGGUACCAGACAGUCUACAUAUUUGAAUAAAUCUUCUACAAAAUACAUCUAUUAGCUGAUACGGCAGGCUGCUAUUAUUACUACCAACUACUAAGUGCCUUUAAAGGGGAAAAUAGACUUCAUUUUCAGUGAAGCAUCAUAUUUAUUAUAACCGGCGAUUCACCAUUACAAGAAAUCGACAAAUUCUUGUAAAUUUUAUCCAGUUAACCGAUAUAAUUGAGUUACUUUAAAACAGCAAGUAAGAGGCUUGUUUCAAGUGAGAUUUAUCUUUUUUAUAUUAGAAUAUAUUUACUUGCUAUUAUGAAGUAGCUUUACAAUAUAGGUUGUGAUGUAUUACUAUACUUUGUAUAUUUUAUAUAAAGAUUCCACAUGUUAUUAUGUUGUACCCUUUUGUACAUAAUUAUUGUAUUAUUGUAUUCCACUACUACAGUAUGACGUGUUCUAAUUCACUAGAACGUCACUAGUUAGUACUUCAAACGGAAUUUUAUGUUUUAAUCCAUGUGUUUUUCCGUCUUUGUGAAAGUUGACCAUUAUGAAAAACAUAGUAUUUAUAUAUGUAAAAUAGUGAAUGCUCUGAGAAAUACUACAUCUGGGGCCUGUUUUAUAAAAGUUACAAGUCCUGUAAUACAGAAUUUAGAAGUUUGUGUUUCAUAAAAAAUUUACAAGACAUUUACCUGUAUUACAAGUAAAUAAUACAGGACUUUAUCAUAGUUGUAUUUCAUAAAAAGAAACUUCCUGUAUUACUGGACCUGUAAGAUGUUGAAUAUUUUAUCAUUGUUUAGACCAUCCUAAAACUUUUACAAGUUUAGGUAGAAUCUUGAAAAGCGACAUUUUGUUGAAAAGGCAACAUGUUAAAAUGGAUGAAGGUAGUAGUUCUAGUUCUGGUAAAGAUGACUAUGUUAUUAUUCGUAGGCCAAGAAUUUACAAGGACAGAAUUGCUUACAAUUUAUGAUGCAGAAAACUUAUCAAUAUUAUGAACGGUUUAGAUUAAGCUCUCUCAAUAAAGCAAUAUUGAAAAUAUUCAGAAAAUGUACGUCCGUAAUGUCUUAUGUUUUUUAAUAAACAAAUUUAAUUAAUGUCGUUAAUUUAAUUAUUAACAUUUGAUAAUCAACUUUUUUUGAAACAUUACUACUCACAUAACUGUUAUAAUAAGUUAUGUAAGUUAAGUAGUUAUUAUAUUUUCUCAACAAUUUAUCAUUAACAAAGUUAUUUUCCAGCAUUUAUGCAAUCUGUCCAUCGUCAGAAAUUUGAUAAUGUGGAUUUUCCACCAAAACAUUUUAAGUAGGUAGCACUUUGUUCAAAUACUAUAUUAGGCUCACUGGCCAAUGAAAACAUUAAUUCAAAAUAAGGGAACUGUAAUCAGGCGAAUAUUACAGGUGAUUUUACAAGUGUAGAAUUAUUUUUAUGAAACAUAAGUUUACAGGAUUAUAAUUUUAAUUUAUAAGUCCUGUAAUACAGGCCCAGUAUUACAAGGGUUUUAUGAAACAGGCCCCAGUUCUAAAUUUUUCUAUAUUCAUCCUACUGGUAUUUUGUUCAGGCCUGAUUUAUUAUUUUAUUUCAAAUGUACUUUGAAUACAAACACACUAUUUCUAUUAUAGUUUUUGUUCUCAUAAUCUCUGACGGUAUUCCAUUCAACUUAUUAGUCUCCGGAGGAAUUCAAUUAAACGUAUCAUUAACUAACUUUAUUAUUUUUCUUAUAUUUUUAAUUUCUUGUAUUAUAUUUCUCUUAUCUUUCAACCUUUCUAUUAAUUUGUGUCUGUUCAGGGUUUAGUAUUUGUAGAUGGAUGCACGUUACCAACAAGAAUUUUAUCUUUUAUUUACAAAUUUAUCUUUGAUUUAUUCAUCUCAAAGAUCAAAUCCUCAUGAAACAAAUGAAUAAAUCCUCAAUUUCUUUGCAAACUCUCACUGUAUUUGAUAUGUUCGCCAGCCUCUUCUUGUGAACAAAAAAUGAUGAUUAUAUUUUGAGAUAAGUGUAUUUAAGUCUUACCAAAUAUUUUACGACUAUCUUUCCUCAAUAUUCGGAGAAAAAUAGUACAAUAGUGUUUUUAAUAGGCUGAGUACUUUUGUGUAAAAAUCAUCCAAGUUUUAUUGUAAUUAAUAAUACGAUAUUAAAAUGUGUGUUUUUGUUA